AUGACUCUCGAAAUCUUUUACUUUGAAGGACCUGGAAGAGCUGAAAUUCUCAAACUCAUUGCUCACGUAGUUAAUGUCGAUUACAAGUUUACCAGCAUUCCACGUGACCAAUGGCCAGCCCAAAAGGAAAAUGCAAGAUAUGGUCAACUUCCAUACUUGAAAAUUAAUGACAAGUGGACACUUUAUCAAACCAUUGCAAUUGCCAGAUAUCUUGCUCAACAAGGUGAUUUGUAUCCAUCUAACAUUGAAGAAGCAACCAAAUCUGAAGAAUACGUUGCAGCUUUGGAUGAACUCUUGAUAAAGUUUAUUAGAGUUUUCUUCGUUGCUUCAGAAGAAAGUAGGGAACAAGAAUUAAAGACCUUCCUUGAAGGACCUGUUAAGACUAUCCUUGGUGCCUUGGAAAAGAUUUUGGAAGAGAAUGGAGAUGGUCAUCUCAUUAAGGGAAAGCUCACUUGGGCUGAUUUUAUCUUGUUGGAUAUUGUCUGUUUUUUCCAAUUCAAGAAUGUUGAUGUGAGUCACUUGACACAUAUUUUGAAAUCCAAGGAAGUCAUUAAAGCCCUUCCAAGAUUCCAAGACUACGUCACCAAAGACUACAAUUUUAGACAGUUUUAA